AUGGAGAAAGGAUCAAAAUCAAGGCAAGGCAGCAGUGAAACUGGCCACAGACGACUUUUCUCCCCAAAGCUCUUCGCUACAAGUGAUGCUAGAUGCCCGGUGAAAAUCUACAAACCGGCGUUCGAGAAACACAGGCCUGAUGAAAUGAAGAAACCAGCGACCAAGAAGAUCACAUGGCCAACGGGAUUCAACAGUUCUAAGGGUAAUAUUGGACCUGUCGGGUCUCCCGGACUUCCAGGAUAUAAUGGUACUCAGGGUUCUGCAGGACCAUCUGGACUACCUGGACCACCUGGUGUUCAGGGCCUUCGUGGACCAUCUGGGUACAAUGGUACCCAGGGCCCACCUGGACUAGGGGCCAGUUUCUGUGUUUUCAAGACUUUAAGCAGCCCUGGUAUGAGAACACACGCAAGCGCUAAACAAACAGUGGAAGUCACAGAACCAAACAAUGGGACGUUUAUUGGUGUAAACUGUGAUACAAAUGACGCAAAAGUUUCAAAAUUAUCAAGUAAAGUCAUCUCAGGUGGCAAGAGAGCCUACGAGUGCAUUUGCGAUGGUACCCUAACAUCUGGAGAUGCAAAAAUGUAUUGCAACAUCCACUACUGGGAGUGUCAGUCAUAAGGGGAAAACGUAAAGCCAUUAGUUUAAAGAGAGUCUUUGUAGAAAAGUUAAUAGAGAGUUGUACCAGAAACGAGAAGAGCAAUUUAGCUGUUUAGCAUAUGACCAACUGCCCUCGAUAUCAUAUCUUUUGUCACUGGUGCAUUAAUUUUUCUCAAAUGUGUCCAGUCGUAGUAAAGAGCAAAGAAUGUUUACACCAAGUCAUAUUUACAAUCGAUAUUAUAAGCUUAUUCUAGAUUUAUCCUGAAGCCAUUCAGUAUCGCAACAUUAAAAUAUAGUCAUAUCGUUUUACCAAGU